AUGACCAGGACCAGAGGAGCAGAGGAGCAGAGGAGCAGAGGAGCAGCCCCAACUGUCCGCAUCCCAAGCGGCCGUGCUUCAGCGUCUGCAGGCCAGAUUGGCACGAGUCGUUUUGAGACACACCUCUGCUCCUCUGCUAAUCGGCUCCUCUGCUCCUCUGGUACUGGUCUUGGUCAAGUUCCUGGUCCUGGUCAGGGUCCUGGACCUGGUCCUGGUCCUGGUCCUUGUCCUCUCGCUAGUCCUGGUUCUGGUCCUGGUCCUAGUCCUUCUCCUGGUCCUGCUCCUCGUCCUGGUCCUGGAGUAGAGGAGCAGGGGAGCAAAGGAGCCGAGGAGCAGGGGAGCAGGGUAGUGGAGGAGCGGAGAAGCAGAGGAGCGGAGGAGCGAAGGAGUGGAGAAGCGAAGGAGCGGAGAAGCGGAGGAGGGGAGGAGCGGAGGAGCGGAGGUGUGGAGGAGCAGAUAAGCGGAGGAGCGGAGGAGCGGAGGAGCGGAGGAGCGGAGGAGCGGAGGAGCGGAGGACCGGAGGAGUGGAGGAGCGGAAUAGCGAAGGAGCGGAGGAGUGGAGGGGCGGAGGAGCGGAGGAGAGGAGGACCAGAGGACCAGAGGACCUGA